AUGAAGCUUGCCUACAUUCUUACUCUGGUUGCCGGUGUCGUCGCGGCGGAACCCAUGGUGUUCUUGAUCCGACAUGGCGAGAAACCCGCGGAUGAUGACGAGCCAGGAUUGAGCACCCAAGGAAAGCAGCGCGCCCAAUGCUUGAGAGAAGUCUUCGGAGCUGGUUCCAACUAUCAUGUCGGCCAUAUCAUGGCCCAGGCUUACAAGCCAGGUACGCAUACAACUGCCGCACACCCAUCACGCCGUACGCAAGGGAGCGUUGGCCAUGCUAACGGGGAAUGCGCGCAUCUAGACGGCUCGAGAAAACGCCCAUUCGACACUGUCUCGCCACUAGCGCAAGACCUUGGCCUCGAGGUUGACACCUCGUGCGACCGGAAUGACAGCAAGUGUGUCAAGAAGGUUGUCAAAAACUACAAGGGCUCUGGGAACAUCCUGAUCUGCUGGGAGCACAAGGCUCUCAAGGACAUUGCUGAGGAGCUUGGUGCCGAAAACGUCAAAGACUAUCCCAAGAAACGAUUCGAUGAGAUAUGGAUUGACCCUUAUCCCUACAGCGAGAUCACAGACAUUGUUUCCGAAAACUGUCCCGGCCUAGAUAACUAG